UAAAACUAUAAUCUAAUUUUUGAUGAAUCUUUACUUUUAAAAAUGGAAACAAAAUCUAAAUAAUGAGUAUAUCAGCAUGAAGUAGUAGUAAGUAUGGGCCUUUCGACUUAGCCAGACCUAAAAUCUGGCCCAAUUUUUGGCCCAUAUAGUAGUGUGUGUAUAUAUUAUAGAUUUGUAGAUUUAGAAAAACCUCUUAGAAACCCUAUAUCUCCUGGUCCUCCUUCUCCCUGUGCCGGCGCCGCCAUGGAUAUUGACAAUCCGACGGCCGAGAACCCAUCAACAACCUUACCGGCGAAGCCCAAUUUUCAACCUCUAACCGCCCACGAGAUCUCCGGAGGCCACGUCCAGUUCCGCAAAGUCACAGUCCCACAGCACCGCUACACACCUCUGAAAAAAGUAUGGAUGGAAAUCUACACUCCAGUUUUCGAACAGAUGAAAAUCGACAUCCGUAUGAACCUCAAAAAACGCCGGGUCGAACUCAAGACCCGAUCCGACACACCCGACAUUAGCAACCUCCAAAAGUGCGCUGAUUUCGUUCACGCUUUUAUGCUAGGGUUUGAUGUGUGUGAUGCUGUUGCAUUGCUCCGUCUCGAUGAAUUGUACGUAGAUUCAUUUGAAAUUAAGGAUGUGAAGACGCUAAGAGGUGAGCAUUUAUCUCGAGCUAUUGGUAGAUUAUCAGGGAAAGGAGGGAAGACGAAAUUUGCUAUAGAGAAUGCGACGAAGACUAGGAUUGUGAUUGCGGAUUGCAAGAUACAUAUAUUGGGGUCUUUUUUGAAUAUUAAGAUUGCUAGAGAUUCACUUUGUAGUCUCAUUUUGGGUUCUCCUGCUGGUAAGGUUUAUUCUAAGCUUAGAGCCGUUACUGCGCGGGCCGAGAUGCUUUAAUUUUAUUGUUGUCGAUUUAUAGAAUGGUUUAAAAGUAUCAAAUUUUGAGUUUUGCCGGAAAUUUUUGGUUCAAAUGUUAUGUAUUGUACUAAUAUGUGGCUUGGAGGGGAUUAUUGGCUAUUCAAUACAGAUGUUUUAUGAAGUUGAUCUUUUUUAA